GGUAGGCACCAAGGGCACAGGAGUAGGAGUGGAUUCCAAAGGUAAGUGAGGCUUCCGGUGUGCAUGGGACUGGUUUCCCCCUCUUUUCCUGUUUGCCAUAUGCUUUUGUUCCCUCUGGCAUUUCUUUUCUUUUGUUCAGUGAAAUCGACCCUUUAGACAUGCAGGAAAAGAAAAAGGAGCCAAGAUGCGCAAGAUAAGUAAAUUGGUACGUGGGGCCGGCUCUUCAUCCUCUUCCCUUUGGGAUUAUGGAUGGUAUGCAUAUGCCCUGGGGACCACGGCAGCUGUGCCCCAUUCUCCCCAGAGAUAUUUGCAAUUUUUCCAUUUUUGCAUGGGGGGAGACUACACCUGUAACAUUGUUAAAAUGGAGGGAUUACUGUGUGGGUAUUUGCAAUGUAAGAAUACAUCUCAUAGUAACUCCCACUCUUUUUUUUAUCUAUUGCCCCAUUAGAGAUCCUUUUUUCUAUGAUAUACAAAUGCUAUGUUGCUGAAAUAUAAUAAUUUCCACUCAAUGAACAUACAUGUUUGGUAUUUGUCUUGAGAGAUCCAGGUAUUUUCUUUUAGGGGCUCCAUUGCUUUUUAUCCACAAUUAAACACGUUGCUGCCAGGAAAAUGCCCUUGUCUAGUUUAUGCCAACAAGACAAAUGUGGUCACUGCAUAUAAAGAGCUUGUUUAAGGGUCAAAAACAUCCAGUGGUUGGUUGCUGCCUGUGAUAAGACUAAAACUGUAGGAAAACAAUUUUGAAAAUAAUUUCAUUUCUUGGUCUGGAAACAAGUUAAUUUUUGCCUGCGUGCAUUUAGGAUGUCUAGCAAGUGUUAAUUGCUUCCCACUGAAAUUAAACAAAGCAAAACACAAACACCCCCCUUCUUUCUCAGAUGCAUUAAAUGGAUGUUUGCCUGGCCUCUGGCUUCUAUUGAAAUUAAAGUUGUGCGGAUUUCAUGGUUGCUGUGGAUACAGGUAACUGUAUUGGGUUGAGAGGACACUUAAACAAAGCUGCCCUUGUCCUCUUAACAGAUGCAUGGGCAAAUAAUUUCAGAAAGAGGUAGAGUUAUUUGUACAGCAGGAACUGGUCUUUCUACAGUCAUGUAAAUGUGGGGAAUCAAAAGAACUUGCAAGGGCCAAAGAAAGCGUACAUCACUGCUGGCAGUGUGACUUCUCUGAACACGCCAGUACUUUUGGAAACUGACUUCUAAGAGAACAGCCAUUUAUUCUACACGAUGGCUGGUUUCUCAGUGGGGUGCAGUGGUCAGGUUGGGAAUGCUGAAAGGUCCUUUUCGCAUCUGAAUACAAGGAGAAUUAUUGGCUAAAGGAGAUGUGACCGAGCAAAGGCAACCAUGGCCAAUAUGCAGGAUGCCAUUCAAAUGGCCAUGCUGUUGAUAACAAGCCUGGGAAUAUUUUGCUUGGGAAUGGCGGCAACAGAGGAUUCCCAUUGUCAGCGGGCUGAGCAUCCUGUUAUUACUAGUGAAGAAAUUGCUCCCUGGUUACAUAUAUUUAGAGCUGAAAAUGCUGUUGACUUUUCUCAGAUAACGUUUGAUCCCAGACAAAAAGAACUCAUUGUUGGAGCAAGAAACUACCUCUUCAGGUUACAUAGUGAGGAUCUUUCUCUGAUCCAGGGUGUAGAAUGGCGUUGUGAUGAAGCUACUGAAAAAGCUUGUUACAGUAAAGGAAAAUCAAAGGAGGAAUGCCAGAAUUACAUCCGUGUUCUCCUUAUUGGUGGGGACAAGCUCUUUACAUGUGGAACAAAUGCUUUUACACCUAUUUGCACUAAUCGAACUCUAAAUAACCUGGAAGAGAUACAUGAUCAGAUCAGUGGCAUGGCACGAUGUCCAUACAGUCCCCAGCACAACUCCACAGCUCUCUUAGCCAGUACUGGUGAGUUAUAUGCUGCAACCGUCAUGGACUUUCCUGGAAGGGAUCCUGCCAUUUAUCGCAGCUUAGGGAUUCUUCCUCCUCUCCGAACUGCACAAUAUAACUCCAAGUGGCUCAAUGAACCAAAUUUUGUGUCUUCGUAUGACAUUGGAAAUUUCGUGUAUUUCUUCUUCCGAGAGAAUGCUGUGGAACAUGACUGUGGGAAAAUAGUAUUUUCUCGGGCUGCUCGGGUUUGUAAGAAUGACAUCGGGGGCAGGUUUUUGCUAGAGGACACUUGGACCACCUUCAUGAAAGCUCGUCUGAACUGUUCCCUCCCUGGAGAAAUCCCAUUUUACUACAAUGAAUUACAGAGUACGUUCUUCCUGCCAGAACUGGACUUAAUCUACGGGAUCUUUACCACUAAUGUGAACAGCAUAGCAGUUUCAGCUGUUUGUGUAUUCAACAUGACUGCAAUAACACAAGUCUUCAGCGGGCCAUUCAAGUACCAGGAGAAUUCCCGUUCUGCCUGGCUUCCUUAUCCCAACCCAAACCCUAAUUUUCAGUGCGGCACCAUGGACCAAGGCCUGUAUCUGAACCUGACAGAGAGGAAUCUUCAAGAUGCCCAGAAGUUUAUUUUGAUGCAUGAAGUGAUACAGCCUAUCACACCAGUUCCAUAUUUCAUGGAGGACAACAGCCGUUUUUCCCAUGUGGUGGUAGAUGUGGUACAAGGCAAAGACAUGCUUUUUCAUAUAAUCUAUUUGGCCACAGAUCAUGGCACAAUUAAGAAGGUGCUUGCUCCAGUUAAUCAGAUAUCAAGCAGCUGUUUGCUGGAAGAGAUUGAUAUUUUCCCUAAGAAGCAGUGGGAGCCCAUCCAGAGUCUGCAGAUUUUACACAGUCAGAGUGCCCUAUAUGUGGGCCUCCAGAAGAGUGUGGUGAAAAUCCCACUGAAGAGAUGUCUAUUCUACAAAACAUACAGUGCAUGUGUUGGAUCCCAGGACCCUUACUGUGGCUGGGACUUGGUGCUAAAGAAAUGCACGCCUUUGGAAGAAAGCCUGAGCAUGAGUCAGUGGGAGCAAAGUAUCUCUAUGUGUCCAACAAAGAAUUUGACUGUGGAUGGCCAUUUUGGGACCUGGUCAGAAUGGAAGUCUUGUACACACACAGAUGGCACCAACGUAGGCUUCUGCCUCUGCAGAACUCGCUUGUGUGACAACCCAGUUCCACAGUGUGGGGGUCGGCAGUGUGAAGGGCCAAUCGUGGAGAUUGUCAACUGUUCCAGGAAUGGAGGCUGGACUCCUUGGACAUUGUGGUCUCCUUGCAGUACCUCCUGUGGGAUAGGCUUUCAAGUCCGCCAGCGUUCCUGCACCAAUCCAAGCCCUCGACAUGGAGGCCGUGUCUGUGUGGGACAGAACCGUGAAGAAAGAUAUUGUAACGAGCACUUGCUGUGCUCCCCACAAGUCUUCUGGACCGGUUGGGGUACAUGGGAACGUUGCACAGCCCAGUGUGGAGGAGGGAUUCAGGCCCGCCACAGAAUUUGUGAGAAUGGCCCCGAUUGUCCUGGUUGCAACAUUGAAUAUCAAGCUUGCAAUACAAGCCCCUGUCCCGAACUGAAAAAGACCACACCAUGGACACCGUGGAGUCCCGUAAACAUCUCUGAUAAUGGCGGCCACUACGAGCAACGGUUCCGAUAUACUUGCAAGGCCCGGCUGCCUGAUGCAAACUUGUUGGAUGUAGGAAGGCAGCGGAUUGAAAUGCGUUACUGUUCUAGUGAUGGUUCCACCGGAUGCUCCACCGAUGGUGACUUCAUGCACUCUGGACGUUAUGCUGCCCAUACUAUUAAUGGUGCCUGGUCUCCCUGGUCUCCAUGGUCCCAGUGUAGCCGAGACUGCAGCAGAGGCAUUCGGAAUCGGAAGCGUAUUUGCAACAAUCCUGAGCCAAAGUACGGAGGGCUGCCUUGCCUGGGGCCAUCUCUCGAAUACCAAGAAUGCAACAUUCUCCCAUGUCCAGUUGAUGGCAGCUGGUCUUGUUGGUCAACGUGGUCCAAGUGCUCCACUACUUGUGGAAGUGGACAUUACAUGCGGACCCGAUCAUGCACAAACCCAGCACCAGCUUAUGGAGGUGACAUCUGUUUAGGGCUCCACACUGAAGAAGCCCUCUGCAAUACACAGCAAUGUCCAGAGAGCUGGUCUGAGUGGUCAGAGUGGUCUGGCUGCAAGUCAUCUGGAGUCCAGUUCCGCAACCGCCAGUGCAAUGUUUUAUUUCCUGUGGGUCACCAGUGCUCUGGGAAUACUACUGAGAAUCGGCCAUGUGUUUUGGAUUCUAACUUCAUUCCAGACAUAACAGUAGCAAGAACCAGGGGCAUCAAAGAAAAACGAUGCGGAGAGUUCAACAUGUUUCACAUGACUGCAGUGGGGCUUAGCAGUUCCAUUCUUGGGUGCCUUCUGACACUUCUGGUUUACACCUAUUGCCAGCGAUAUCAGCAGCAGUCCCAUGAUGCAACUGUCAUCCAUCCAGUAUCUCCUGCGCCUCUUAAUACCAAUAUUACUAACCAUAUCAACAAGCUGGACAAAUAUGAUUCUGUGGAAGCCAUCAAGGCAUUCAACAAAAAUAAUUUGAUCUUGGAAGAGCAGAACAAGUACUUUAAUCCACAUCUUACAGCAAAAGCCUACUCCAAUGCCUAUUUUACAGAUUUGAACCACUAUGAUGAAUAUUAAAAGGGGUACUGUAGAACAGCUGUUUUCUCCUGGAGUGUAAGUCAUUACAGCACAGUCAAAUGUACUUGUGUCAUGUUACUGCCCCCUUUGCUGCAGACGAGUCAAAGGUUCUUUUCCAAAGUGUUGUACUUCAGUACAAUAAUUUGUACUCCCUAAUUACACUGGGACCUAUGAACAAGAAGUGGGCCAUUUUGUAUAGGUCAAUUAGCUUGGCUCAGUGUUCACCCGACUCAUCAUUUGUUUCAGCUUUUCACAAUUGUCUAAAGCUGAUUAAGGACUGUCAUUCCACUUCCAUAGGAGGAAGCUUUUCUGCAAGUGGGAGACUCCGAAAAGAACAAUAGAUUAUUGAAUGGAAUUGCACCAAUUGUCUGCGAGUAAGCCCUCAGAGUUCAGCCUGUGUUUUGCUGACUCCUAAACACUUGGAACCAUGAAGCUGUUUUGAACUUCAAGAAGAGUACUUUAUGGUGAGGCUUCAGGCCACCUGCGGUUUGCAAAACAGAUGCAGGAGGGAGAGGCAAACACAAGUAUAAAUGGUGGAAUAAAUCAAAAACAUGCACAACUCAUCUGUUUCAGCCUGCCAGGACAGGAGCAUCUGUGUAAAGGAAGCAGCAACUGGCUUAUUGAAUUAUUCCUGUGCGCUGUUGAUACAUGGAUUUGUGUAUAAUGUACACUUUUAACAGCAGAAGUGCAAGGGAGCCACCUGGAUUGUUACCAACCAGUUGACUUGCAGUUCCACCAUUUCCUUUGUCCCAUCCUGCAGAGGUGUAGACAGAAAGCACAAGUGCUUCCUUUGAAAACUUCAUCAAGAAGAAAAUGGCAUAAAAUAUAAUGAGUAGUGCAUUGUUACAACAGUUUUGAUGCAGACAGGGCUGCAGUCUAUGCCCAUUGUUCAGAGAAUUAGCCUCACUGAGCUUCGUGGGACCUACUUUCCAGUAGACACGCAUCGAACUGUGCUGUAAGUGAAUCUUAUCCUCGUGCCCAGGCUGUGUAAAUAAUUGAAGGGCUUCACUGUGCAGAAAGGUGGCUUUAGUCCUGACAGGUACAACACUGUCAGGAAAAUAAAAACAUCGGGCUCCACAUUUGCUAUGAGCUCACUGCCCUGUUGUUUGGGUUUUAAAAAGUCAAUCUCUUUCAAUGAACUUGAAACAUUAGGUUGUAGUGCUUCAACAAAUCAGUGACUGAAAAAUGUACAGUUUGAAUGUUUCUUCCUAAAGGAAAUACCAAAUAAGAUGUUGCAUAUUUUAGUAGCACAAAAAAAGAUGAAGAAGAAUGGGUGGGUGGGGGAGGCAGGAAGCCUGGGCUGUGUUUUCCGUGGAUGUUUGCAUUGCAUGCUUGAUUUUGGGCUCAGUUUGUACAGUCUGCUGCUUCCUCUUUCGCUUGCUCCAAGCAUAUGAGUUUGAUGCUUAGUGCCUCAGGCCAAUGGCUUGCACUUUAUGCCAGCAGUCCUUAUGCUUGCAUCCAUACAUUGAAGGCCUAAUAUAGCAGAAUAAGGACAUCUCUGUAUAGGCGAGUAUCCCUUAUCUGAAAUGCUUGGAACCAGAAGUGUUUGGAUUUUUUUCAUAUUUUGGAACAGUGUUUUUUUCCCUGUGGGUACAUCAUGAGAUAUCUUGUAGAUGGGACCCAAGUCUAACCAGGAUAUUCACUGAUGUUUGAUAGAAACCUUGUACACAUAACUUAAAUGUCAUCAUUGCUAACACAUAAUACUUUACAUUUUGUGCAUGAAACAAAAUUUGUGUACAUUGGACCAACAAAAAGUAAAGGUGUUCCUUUCUCAGCCACAUAUGUGGAUAAUUUAAGAUUUUGGAUUAGUUGAGAAUUUGAAAAUCUGGAUAAGGGAUGCUCAACCUCUGUAACCUUCCUCCAUACUUGGGACUGUUUAUCACCAAGCACUUGCAAGACUUCAUUGGGUCUUUAGAAAUGAUUGAGCUCUAAGUAGAAAAUGUAUGGAACUUUAGAUUUCUUCUGUGUCCUAGAAAAUACAAAAGUUGGAAAGGUUUCUAUUUGGACUGUAGGUCCCAGAAUCCACCAGCCAACACAGCCACUAUCUAUGCUGGUGGGUGAUUCUGGGAAUUGCAGUCCAAAAAAGAAACCUUUCCAAGUUGUGGUAGAAGGCAUUGCUUUUCUGCUUUCUGGCUCUUUCCGGUUUAUUAUACUAAGAGCUGGAUAGAGAACUGUGGUAUGCAAUGAGGCUGAAUGAAAAGCACCCAAAAUUGGAAAGGAAAUAAAAAUGAUAGCUGCACCAGUAUUUUAAGUGGUUACAUAUGCUGUAGGGGAAAAAAAGCUUGACCCAAACAGCUCUUACUAAGAUGUGGUUUCAUAAAAACCUUAUUAAAAGUUUUCCCCCAAAUGGAUUGAAAGCCAUCUCUACUUGUGCAGCUAUUUUAGGUAUGUUUGCCCAUGGCUGCAUUGAGUCUGUGUUUGUAAAAUCUUUUCACAGCAUACGAAGUACCAGCCCUAAGAGUUGUGAUCAUGCAAAAACCCUACAGGCAGACAUGCUUUUGUUGCAGUUGGAGUCUCUGAGGUCAGGACUGAUCUGAGUGUCUAGUUAAAUUGGAGGCAUGAGGAGAGCCCAGGGGAGCUUUGAAUCUAAACUUCACCCUGCUCUGCUUCCAUCUCACUCUGUGAAGGAAUUGAAAGCUCGAGCUCUUGCCAUUAGGGGCAAGAACUGGAACCAGAGAUCAGAUCUCUGAGGUUGGAGCUCUGCUUCUGACCAUGGCUGGUGUCUCCUGCAGCUCUUUGGACACUGAUCCAAGUGUCAAAGGCCUGGAAAAUCAUGGCCUUGUUUGCUUCUAAAUUUCAAGAGCUACAACAAUAGUCUCAAUUUCCUUCCCCUUAGUCCCUAGAAUUUUUUUUAAAUACUCCUUUUCAUAGAAUGAUAGCUGGCACGACUCCAGCAUCUCUUCUCUUUGUGUGUUAGCAAUGAGUUCAUCCUUCUAUGAUGCCCACCUACCAUCCAGGUGAAGGCUGUUUUAAUAACAUAUCUUGGUAUUAUUUUUUAUCUUUAAUACAUGAUAAUGAGAAAUAUUGUGCCUUGCAGGCUCCAUUCCCACCUUUUGCCGUACCUGCCUAGAGUUUAAGGAAACCUAAUCUCAUCUCUGCAUUUUAAAUGCACAUAAAUCUGUUGGAUGUCUUUGAAGCCCAUGGCUAAACAUUUUCCAUUAUCUUAGUCAUGAUUACAUCUGUCCUGUGCCAGAGUUUGGUGCAUUUAAAGGGUUUAGUUUCAGUGCAUUUGACCAACCUAGCCCUUGUCAUACUUCCUUUGUGAUAGAAGUAUAGCAUUUGAGCAAGUUUCUUUUUUCUCCCUAAUCGCCUGAACUUUCUAGGCUUCCUAAAUCCUUGGGUAGACUGAACCUUGUUUCAGUUCAACAGAAGUCUCUUGUUAUUAAUAUAACAGGUAAAACAUUUUCCUGUAAACUACUACUCUGUAUCUGCAUUCCAAAAAUAUGUUCUCUAAGCAUUUUGUAGGUCCUCCAAAACAACUCUGACAUUCUUGAGUCAGAGGCCCUUCUUUUCAAUAGGGUUUACUAGUUUCUGCAGUUGUGUGUAUACUAUACAGGAUAUAGUAGUUGUACUGUAUUCUGACAUGUAAACCAAAAUGUGCCUGCUUUCCUUCAUACAUACUGCAAACUAUUUCAAUAAAGAACUGGUAAUGGACAUACAUUCCAGCAUGGAAUUUGCUAUGGAGCAGCAGGGAAAUUUCCCCACUCCCCAGCUAUAUAUAAAUUCUGAAAAAUCUUUUAAAAUAAGACAGCACAACCAGUCCCGUUAGUUUAUAAAAGCCUAACAGAAUAUAAAGGUUUUGACCUGUCCAUGUAAGGAGAGAAGGCUGUCCUGGGCUCUCUAGAGAGAGCAUUCCAAAAUCUAAGAUUACAGUGUUCCCUCACUACUUCACGGUUCACUUUUUGCAGAUUCGCUGUGCGCAGACGUUUCUUCAAUUGGGAUGGUUUAAUCUAAUUACGAAGACUCAAUCCUGAUUCUGCCAUCAAUUGUGAUGGUGCUAAAGCCAAUUGGGAAGACUCAAGCCAAUUGUAAUGGUGUCAAAGCAAAUUGCAAAUGCUGUUUCCACUGCUGAGGGGAUUUUUGAAUCUUUUAAUCCCUCUAGAUUAUAUAUAUAUCACCUUUAUAUGAGGGGAAGGAUUACAGGGGGUGAUCUUUAUUUCAAGAUCCCAGCCUGUCUCUGUAGUUAGGGAUUUCUGUAUUGUUGUUCCCUUUCUGAGGUAACUGUGACUGUUACUCUUCCCCAAUUAGGUGAUUUAUUAAGGUAACUGCUAUCAACGUGAGGCUUUUGAAUUAUCACCGAUGAAAUUGGGCUCCACAGACGCAGAUGAGAUGAAAUGAGUCAGUUGUUAACAAAGAACAACAAGUUUAUUGCGUACAAAGCUUAUGGUUGCAGGUUGAUAGAUUUACUUAUGGAACUUUAGAUAAAUAAGUGGUUUAAUAACUCUUAUAACCACCACAACAGUAGUCUCUGGUGUAAUUCCACUCUCACUCUCCUACUGAUGAUAUAAAUUGUAGCGAACUCUAACCUCAGCUGAGCUCCUUAGUGAACAAUGUCCUAACUACAAUAAAAGCCUUUAAUUUGAUCUACUACCAAUCAAAUUCCUGAUCACUAGUCCUUCCCAACUAGAGAUCUUUACUAGGCUCCCUUUAGUCUGCCUUGACUAAAGAUUUUGGCCAGGCCUGUCUCCUCAGCCCUUCUUGACUGAAAAGCCUCCAGCCACGCACGCACUCCUUCUUUUUUAAAACUCCCCCUUUUUCCUUUUCUUGGCUCCGCCCACUUCUCCCUCUGGUGAGCUAGCCAGCUCCGUCUCCUUGGUAACAGCACUACUGUGGAUUGAAACAAGAUGGCUUCUGUUUCAGCUACUGUGUCAACUAAACACAAAUAUAUACUCUAACAGUUAAAAUUAAACAUAAUAACUAUGACUUCUCCACAGCUGUUUCAUGGUUUUUUUUAAUAAACUCUAAAAUAAUAUUAUAAAUAAUAAAAAGUACAAUUUACAGCCUAAGGAAGGGAGGAAGGAGAAGCCAAAGGGUGAGAAAAGGAGCCCAAGCGGCAACAGGAGGAAGAGGCGAUUUAUCAACACACGACUGGUUGAUAAAGACUUAAAAUAGUGUAUAACUACUAAAAUAAUGUAUAAAUAUUAAAAUAAAUAUAGUGUCUCCACAGAUUUUCACUUAUUGUGGGUGGUCCUGGAACCUAACCCCCGCGAUAAGUGAGGGAACACUGUAGCCCCCCAAAAGGAUCUCUCUCAUUCCCACCAAAUGAUCCUUAGAAGGAGUUGGAACAGAGAGAAAGAUUUUUCAAAAUGGUCUUAGAAUUCUUAUGGGCUCAUAAGAAGCUGUAUCAUUGGUCAAAAUGAGCAAUGUGAAUUGUGUUCUAGAAGAGACCGGCAGACAGCUGUUGCAACAAGGGUAUUGCAUGCCAGCCAGCCCACUUAGCAACCUGACAGCAACUCUUUGGACCAAGGUUUCUGAGCACUUUUCAAAAGCAGCCCUACAUAAAGCACAUUGCAGUAGUUCAAAUAGGAUGUAACCUCGUUUGUCCCGUUUUCCAGUUGAAGAAACGCAUGGCCCCCAAAUGUUGCUUGAUGGCAACUCCAAUCUGCCCCAACCUUUUUCUCUUCCCUCCCUUUCAUCUAGCAGUGUGGGCAAAGUGUAGCCUUCUGUCAAUGGUCAAUUCAGACUUCUGACCAAAGCUGUCCUUCAGAAGAAGAACCAAGUUGGUAGAUGAUAAUUAGAUGUAAGUCGACUGAGCGCACUUUUUCCUCCCCUCUACCACCAACCUUUCCCCUUGGAUUCACCCCUAGAACAUGUGGCUUUCUGCUGAAAAAUGUUCUUCACUCUUGUUUAGGGCUGUUUCACAUCUACAUGGAGAUCUUCAAAGCUAGCUUCCCAUGCAGGUCAUUGGGCAUUCCCAGGAGCUUCUUAUUGCUUAGAAUUAGACAUGAAAUGAAAGGCUCAAUAUGUAACUCACAGAUUUGCUGUUGUGAAUUACUAUCCUCACUAGCGGAAGGAAUAAAGACAAGUUCUGCAGUUGGGAGCUUUGUGUGUUUCUCCUUCUGCAGCACCAUCUAGUUGACCUUUGGAGUGCAGAUAUCAAGUUUCCUUGUUGUUCCUUCACACUCCUGUGUGUGGGAGACUCUGGGCAUCACUCUUCUCACUUGCCACAUGUAAGUUUAUCUUGUUGCUAGGCUACUGGGAAUUUAUACUCCUGCCUUUAAGUAGUAUUUUGGGGAAUUGUUUCAUUUAUAUUUAAAACUCUUUUCUGCAGUACAUGGAAUAAAUAUUAAAAGAAUUCAGUUUGAGAAGCCUUAUUAUAUAUUUAAACAUAAUUAGGGUUCUGAUAGAGUUGUCUAAAUGAUAGAGUUAGUAUGCGAGAAGAUUUCCUUCCCAAAGAGAACAUGCCUUCAAAUUUGUUUGAUGGGUAUGAAAAGCAUGGGACAACUGUCCCUUUCUUGAAGCAGGGCUGAACAUUAAAGAAAAGACUGCUCUUCCCAUAAAAUAGUGUCAAAAGAACAUACGAUCCAUGUUGGAUCAGACCAAAAGCGUUCUUUUCACACAGAGAAAUCUCUGGGAGACACACAAAUAUGACCUGAGUGCCGCAGCAAUUUCUCAUUUGUGUUUUCCAGCCAAUGUUACAUAGACUGCAUCUGACACUGGAGGUGGGACAUAGACAUCUUCAUUGUAGACAUCAAUAGCUACAUUCCCCCAGAAGUUUGUGUAAUACUUAUUAUGGAAAUAAAAUGCACAGUUGAACUAUAUGUUCUGUGAAGUAAUUCCUUUCAUGUGUUCUGAACUUUCAACUUCAUUGUGACUCUGGUUCUAAUACUAUUAAAAGAGAUCAGCUUCAAUCCCCAGCACACAUCAUUUUGUAUACGUCUUUCAAUCGUGUAUCCUUUUUCCACCCUGAACAUGCUGAGAUUUAACAGUAACAUUGGUCUUGUGCAUUCAAGGAACACAUAUCAAAACCAAAACCCACAUCUUUUUAAAUGGCAAGCUGAAAGAUUGUUAGAUUUGAUCUUCAUAAGAAGUUGGAGAGAACCAGGUGGAAAAGGAGUCUUUUGCCUUGAUCAGCUCUAACUGUAUGGGGAGGGAGUUUUCUUUGGCGUUGCUCUACAAGUGACAUUGCCCUUGUAUACCAUUGCACCGUGCCACUGUUUUUCAACUUGUAAAUUUGUAAAUAAACUAAUUAUUAACAGA